AGCUAACGUCCCAAAAAUACAAACACUACACACUCUCUCUCUCUCCGUUCGUCCUUCUUCCUCUGUUUCUCUCUCUCUCCUCUCUGUUUUUUGUUUUCCUCUCUCUCUCUCUCUUUGUCUGUCUCUCUCGUCCUCUCAAAUGGGGUUGUGUCCUUCAAAUUUUUCAGUCGCGGGAGGCUUGAGGACAAAUAGAAGCGGAGGAGUCUUCACAUUUUAUCUUUUGCUAUUUUAGGGGAUACAUUAUUUUGAAAAGGAUUUCCUGGUUUUAUUAUUUAAUCUCACACCAAAGGGAAGAAGGAUGUUGCAGGAUAUGAUUCACCCGCCGGACCACUUCCCCAUAGAAGACAUUUCAAGCCCGAUUAGCGCUCAGAUUUUCGAUUUCUGCGACCCUGAAUUAUUCCCUGAAACCCUUCAAAACUCUGAGGUCACUUCAUGCUCGAACUGCUGCUAUGAAGAGUCCUAUGCUACAAGUUUGUCCAUGCCUCAAAAUAUAGACAAGCUGAAUAGCAACCAAGAUACCAAUGGGAAUUCAAACACAACCAAUGCCACCACCACCACUGCCAAUAGCAAUCUCUCUAUAAUCUUUGAUUCCCAAGAAGAAAUCGACAACGACAUUUCUGCUUCGAUAGACUUUACUCCAUCUCCUCCAUUUUCUGUUCCACCUUAUCUAGCUACCCAACAGGAGCAAUUUGAUUUGUCCUCCGUGCAAUCCCAAAUACCAUUAACAGAUGUCGCUGUUGAUGGCAUCCAGCAGUAUCCUGCCGACCAUGUCGUUCCUCUUGUCGGCCCUCCGUUGCCACCCGUUUUUGAAGAGGAUUGCUUAUCUUCAAUACCUUCUUACUUGCGUUUAAACCCGUCAUCUCCCUCUUGUUCCUUUCUUGAUCCCACCAUGGGAUCAUUCUUGCCAGGGAACCUGAACUCCACAUUGUCUGCUGACACUUCUUCAAUUUUCUCUGGGAGUAUUCUUAUGGCAUCGGAACUGCAGCCCCAAGAACUAGAAUACCAGGGAGACAAUGGCGGAAUUUACUGUCCGGAUUCUAUCCAGCGGGUUUUUAAUCCUGGAGAACUACAGGCACUUAGCAAUGAGAGCCAACAGCUGGUAAGUGGAGGUGGGAGUUCUACAACUUUGGCGUCAGACAUCACAAGUUUGGAAGAUUCUACUUACAAAGUUGGAAAGCUUUCUGUUGAACAAAGGAAAGAGAAGAUACAUAGAUACAUGAAGAAAAGGAAUGAAAGGAACUUCAGCAAAAAAAUCAAGUAUGCGUGCCGUAAAACACUAGCAGACAGCAGACCUCGAGUUAGAGGAAGAUUUGCGAAGAACGAUGACUUCGCUGAGACCCCUAGAGCCACUUCUAACAGCAACCAUGAAGAAGAAGAUGAAGAAGAGGUAGUUGUGAAAGAAGAAGACAUGGUUGAUUCCUCAGAUAUCUUUGCUCACAUCAGUGGUGUGAAUUCCUUCAAAUGCAGCUAUCCCAUCCAAUCCUGGAUUUGAUUAGGCAUAGGGACAAGGAACAGUGUAUAAAAUUUUGCAGACCCCGUAUCGGCCAUGGUCUCUAAAUCCUGGCUUGAUGAAGUUUGAAUAAUUGGGUCAUUAUGGUUUAUGAAUAAAACAUAGACUGCAAUAACAUUGUAAUUUUUUGUAGAUACAUACACACACACACAUAUAAUUCGUACUUUGUAUUAUCUUACAUUAACCCCUUCUCUGUAAAAAUUAAUGCCAGUGAACCUGUUGGAUGUAUUUACAGUCCAUAAAAAGUAUCCCUUGUAUUACCUUCAACUUCAACAUCUAUU